CUAAGAAGAUAUCGACCAUAGGUAUGAGAUACCUAGACUAGACGUGUAAUUAAUCACCGGAAGAGCAAAGGGUUUGAUCCUACCCACCAAAUCACUACAUAUCUUCCACCAUGGCUCCUCUGCCGUCGAAGGAAAGCGCCAAGGGUGAAUGCGGGCCUCAAGAUGACCCGAUGCCGUUUUUGCGUCCAAGUGAAAAGGAAAAAUUGUCUUUUAUGAAUCAGUCGUAUGACAGCAAGAAAAAUGUUUGGAUUUCAGACAAGAAGGAAGGAUUUAUCAAGGCUGUGGUUGAAAGUUCAGCAGACGGCAAGACUACUGUAAAAGCAAAGGGAACGUCUGUAACGGUGAAAGAGGACGAUGUUCAACAAAUGAAUCCACCUAAGUUUGAGCAGACUGAUGACAUGGCAAACAUGACCUUCUUGAAUGAAGCAACUGUCCUGAAUAAUUUGAGAGCGAGAUACGCUAGCAUGCGUAUUUAUACUUACUCUGGACUUUUCUGUGUCUGCGUCAACCCAUACAAAUGGCUUCCAGUAUAUGGUGCCAGGGUUGUUCAGAUGUUCCGUGGCAAAAAGAGAAAUGAAAUGCCGCCUCAUCUGUUUUCAAUUGCUGACAAUGCUUACCACGAUAUGUUGAUGGAACGGGAAAAUCAAUCUAUUCUGAUUACUGGUGAAUCGGGUGCUGGUAAAACCGAGAACACCAAGAAGGUCAUUCAGUAUUUUGCCAACAUUGCUGCAUCGGGCGCCAAGCAAGACGAUGGACCCAGGAAGGCAAAUCUUGAGGAUCAAAUUGUUCAAACAAAUCCUGUUUUGGAAGCAUGGGGUAACGCAAAGACGAUCCGUAACAACAACUCUUCUCGAUUUGGUAAAUUCAUUCGUAUUCAUUUUGGUACAACCGGUAAACUCUCUGGUGGGGACAUUGAAUCGUACUUGUUGGAAAAAUCUCGUGUCAUCUUCCAACUGAAAGCCGAGAGAAGUUACCAUAUUUUUUACCAGAUCAUGGCCUGCGGUAGGCCAGAACUUAUAGAGCAACUUAUAGUGACGACAAACCCGAGAGACUACAAGUACGUCAGUGGUGGAGUUGUCACCGUUGAUAACAUGGAUGACAAAAUGGAGUUCGACUUCACCGACGAAGCUUUCGACGUCCUCGGUUUUAGCGGCAGCGAGAAAUUGGAAUCCUACAAGACAACUUGUGGUUGCAUGAUGUUCGGAAAUAUGCAUUACAAGCAGAGGCCACGCGAAGAGCAAGCCGAAGUCGACAAUGUAGAUGUUGCUGACAAAGUCGCAUAUUUGUUCGGAAUCAGUUCUCCCGAGUUGUGCAAAGGAAUUACCAGACCCCGUGUCAAAGUUGGUAACGAAUUUGUACAAAAAGGACAAACUAUGGACCAGUGCUACUAUGCAACCGGAGCUUUGGCGAAAGCUGUUUACGAUCGUUAUUUCAAGUGGUUGGUUGUUCGUCUAAACGAAACUCUCGACACCAAACUGCCACGAAACUAUUUUAUUGGUGUGCUCGAUAUCGCAGGAUUUGAAAUUUUUGAGUUCAACAGCUUCGAGCAACUUUGCAUCAAUUUUACGAACGAAAAACUUCAACAAUUUUUCAACCAUCACAUGUUCGUACUUGAACAAGAGGAAUACAAGAAAGAAGGUAUUGAGUGGGAAUUCAUUGAUUUCGGUAUGGACUUGCAAGCUUGUAUCGAUCUUCUUGAAAAGCCCAUGGGAGUAUUCUCCAUCCUGGAGGAAGAGUCUAUUGUACCAAAGGCCACCGAUACAACUUUCAAGAAUAAGUUGUACGAUACACACGAGAAAACUUCUGAUGCUUUCUUGAAGCCCAAGCCUGGAAGGAAAGGAAAUGCUGAUUUUACCGUCAAGCAUUACGCCGGAAAUGUCGAUUAUAACGUGACAGGAUGGCUUGAGAAGAACAAAGAUCCUCUUAACGAAUCUGUAGUAGCGUUGUUCCGAAAAUCUAACAUGAAAAUGUUUGCUAGCCUCUUCCCAGAAGAUGCACCAGAAACUGGUGGAAAGAAGAAAAAGAAGAAGGGUGGUAGCUUCCAGACUGUAUCUGCCUUAUACAAAGAACAACUUAACAAAUUGAUGACGAAUCUGCGUAAUACCAGCCCUCACUUCGUACGUUGUAUUAUUCCUAACGAGAUGAAACAACCCGGUGCUUGUGACGCUCAACUGGUUCUUUCCCAGCUUAGAUGCAACGGUGUGUUGGAAGGAAUUCGUAUCUGCAGGAAGGGGUUCCCCAAUAGAAUGCAAUAUCCCGAAUUCAAACAACGCUAUCAAAUUUUGGCUGCUAAGAAGGUUUCCGGAAUGGUCGACAGUAAGAAAGCCACGGAGACUAUUUUGGGCCACAUUGAAUUGGAUACAGCUAUGUACAAGAUUGGACACACCAAGGUUUUCUUCAAAGCCGGUAUUCUUGCCGAACUUGAGGACAAGCGUGAUGAGGUACUUGCUGUUAUCAUGACUGGUAUCCAAGCCCGGGCACGAGGUAAAUUGAUGAGAAUUGAAUUCCAGAAGAUGUUGGAUAGAAAACGAGCUUGCACGGUCAUUCAGAGAAAUAUUCGCAAAUUCUUGCAAUUCCGUGAUUGGGAAUGGUGGAUCCUGUACACCAAGGUGAAACCGUUGUUGAAUGUUGUGAGAAUUGAAGACGAAUUGAAAGCUAAAGACGAAGAAAUUGCUGAAUUGAAAGAUAAAUUGUCAAAAGAAGAAGUAUUAAGAAAAGAUUACGAGGAAAAGAACGUUCAUUUGUUGGCGGAAAAGAAUGAUCUCAUGCUACAAUUACAAGCGGAACAAGAAACCGUCGCAGAUCUUGAAGAGAGAAAUGAACAACUUGUUAAAGUCAAGCAAGAUCUUGAAACGCAGGUCGCCGAUCUUUCCGAACGCCUCGAAGAAGAAGAAGCGAUGAAUGAACAGCUUUCUGCUGCAAAGAAGAAACUCGAAAAACAAUGCGAAGAACUUCGACACGACGUUGAAGACCUCGAAAGCAAUGUUGCAAGACUUGAAAAAGACAAGCAGAACCUCGAACUCAAGGUACGAAAUCUGAACGCCGACGUCGAACAAAGAGACCAAAAUAUCGAGAGAAUGCAAAAAGAAAAGAAACAAUUGGAACAAGUCAAUCAACAAACGUUGGAAGAUUUACAAGCCAUGGAAGACAAAGCAAAUCAUCUCGGAAAACUGAAAAUCAAACUCGAACAACAAAUCGAAGACGUCGAAGACCAGCUUGAACAAGAACGUAGACAUCGCGCCGAACUCGAAAAAGUCAAACGAAAACUUGAAACUGAUCUCCACAACGCCAACGAUACGAUUAUGGAACUCGAAAAGGACAAAGCCACACUCGAAGACACGAUCAGAAAGAAGGACUUUGAAAUGAACCAACUAAAUUCAAGACUGGAAGACGAAAUGAAUUUGGUUGCGCAAUUACAACGUAAAAUCAAAGAACUUCAAGGUCGUAUUGAAGACUUGGAGAGCGAACUCGAGCAAGAAAGGCAGGCUCGUAACAAAGUCGAACGUAGUCGCAACGAAUUUCAACGAGAACUUGAACAACUCGGUGAACAACUCGAAGAAGCUGGUGGAGCAACUGUUGCCCAGAUUGAGUUGAACAAGCGCCGUGAAGCAGACUACCUGAAACUUCGUCGUGAAUACGAAGAAACUGCCCUUCUAAACGAGGCUGAGUUCAGCUCUCUGAAGAAGAAGCACAGCGAUAUGGUUUCCGAACUCACUGACCAGAUCGAGAAUCUUACUCGCGUAAAGGGCAAAAUCGACAAAGAACGAAGCCAAUUGCGCAUUGAAGUAGAUGACCUUGCAAGUCAAUUGGAAGAGGUCACCAAAUUGAAGGCUCGUGCCGAGGCUAAUUCUCGUUCUUUGGAAGACCAAGUUGUCGACGCUAAAGUGCGCAUUGAAGAGCACAUCAGAAGUAUCAACGAAUUCACUAUUUUCAAGUCCAAGAUUAUCAAUGAAAACAUGGAUAUUUCUCACCAACUCGAAGACUUUGAGAACAAGUGCAACAGUCUUACUCGCUUCAAGUCCAAUUUGACCAGUCAAGUUGAAGAACUGAAACGUCUCGUGGAAGAAGAGACCAAGGCUAAGCAGUCGUUGGGACACGCUCUUCAAGCAGCUCGUCACGACCUUGAUCUUAUGAGAGAACAAGUUGAAGAAGAACAAGAAGGAAAGGCUGAACUGCAAAGAGCUUUGUCUAAAGCAAAUGCUGAAGUUGCAAACUGGCGCACCAAAUACGAAACAGAUGCCAUCCAACGCACUGAAGAAUUGGAAGAAGCCAAGAAGAAGCUUGCCAUCCGUCUGCAAGAAGCUGAGGAGCAAACUGAAACCGCUCUAGCCAAAUGCGCCAGUCUUGAAAAAACCAAGAUCCGUCUUACAAAUGAAUUGGAAGACCUCACCAUCGAUCUUGAAAGAGCCAAUGCCACCAUUGCUAUUCUGGACAAGAAACAACGCGACUUCGACAAAGAACUUGCUUCGUGGAGAAUGAGAGUAGAGGAAUUGCAAGCUGAACUUGAUCAAUCACAGCGUGAAUGCAGAAACUACUCAACUGAGAUCUACAAACUCAAAGCUUCAUAUGAAGAAACCAUUGAACAGAUAGAGAUCGUGAAACGCGAGAACAAGACUCUCACCGACGAGAUCAACGAUCUGACUGAUCAACUCGGAGCUGGCGGUCGCACUUUGCACGAAUCAGAAAAGGCACGAAAGAAGGCUGAACUCGAAUGCGAUGAGCUUCGUACAGCUCUAGAAGAAGCUGAAGGAGCAUUGGAAAUUGAGGAGGGCAAGGUGCUUCGACUCCAACUUGAACUCACCCAAGUUAAAGCUGACAUCGACCGCAGACUUCAAGAGAAAGAUGAGGAAUUUGAGAGCACAAGAAAGAACCACGCUCGCGCCAUUGAGUCCAUGCAAGCCAGCUUGGAUGCCGAGAUCAAGGCUCGUACUGAUGCUAUGCGUGCUAAGAAGAAGCUUGAGUCUCAGUUGAAUGAUGUUGAAAUGCAGCUUGACCACGCCAACAGAAACCUUGCUGAACAGCUGAAACUUGUUCGCAAACUGCAAAGCGUUAUCAAGGAAAUGCAAGAUCAAAUGGAUGAGGAUCAAAAGAAUCCAGAAGAACUUCGUGAACAAUACAGCAUUCAAGAGAGAAAACUGAACAUUCUCAUUUCAGAAUUGGAGGAAGUCCGAUCAUCCCUCGAGUCUAACGAGCGCGCACGCAAGAUUGCCGAAUCGGAACUUCUGGAAAUUACCGAGCGUGUCAACCUAAUGUCUGCUCAAAACUCUGCUCUAUCUAGUGCUAAACGUAAGUUGGAGACAGAGAACGAUCAAAUGCGUGGAGAACUAGAAGAAGCCUUGGCCGAAGCUAGAAACGCUGAUGAGCGCGCCAAGAAGGCAGUUGGAGAUGCGGCUCGUAUGGCUGAAGAACUGAGACAAGAGCAACAACAUAUUAUCUCUAUCGAAAGAAUAAAGAAGAAUCUUGAGGUUCAAGUUCAUGAAAUUUCGAUCAAACUUGACGAAGCCGAAGCCAAUGCUCUCAAAGGAGGACGAAAGGCACUUGCAGCUUUGCAAAUGCGCGUCAAGGAUCUUGAAGGCGAAUUGGACGGAGAACAACGUCGUCAUGCUGAAACAACCAAAAACAUGCGCAAGAUGGAUCGCAGAUUGAAAGAAUUGGCUUUCCAAGCCGACGAAGAUCAAAAGAACCAGAUUCGCAUGCAAGAACUUGUUGAAAAACUUCAAGCUAAACUGAAACAAUACAAGAAAAUGACAGAAGAAGCCGAGGAACAAGCCAAUUUGAAUCUUGCUAAAUACCGCAAGGUUACUCAUGACCUCGAGGAAGCAGAAGAACGUGCUGAUAUCAGCGAAUCGGCCCUCAGUAAAGUGCGCUCGAAGAGCCGAUACAUGACUGGUAGUGGCGGAGGAGCCGGUGGUUCUUACUCCUACUCCAUUUCAAGAAAAGUAGUGACAACAAAAGGAUCUUCUUCAACUUCUUAAAUACUCUUCAUUUUUUCAUAAACUCUCAUCCCAUCGUUGUAAAUUAUUUAUCUCGCACCAACUGUUUUCUGCACUCUGCAGUUUAUAAAUCUGUCACUUCUCUCCUUCCCUUCUGCUUCUCAUUCUGAUCCUUCGAUUCUCUCGCUCCAUAUCUUUUCAUUUCUUUCUCUUUCUUCUGUCUUCUGAAUACUUCUCUUUGACGUUUUCUCUGUAUCGCUCUUUUCUGUCGUCUCUUCCUCUUUUCUUAUUUUCUCUUAUCUGAUUUCCUCUUUCUUCCUUACUUUCUCGGUCUCUCUUUCAAAUCUAACUUCCACCUUCCUAAAGUCUUCCUUCAGCAUAAAUCCUGCAGAAAAUAGUUCAUGUAUAAAUUUUUUUAUUCAUAUAAGUUUCAUUUCAUAUUUAUGUUCACCGCAUCAAUAUCCCAAACGAUACACUUGAGCGCAGACUAUAUUGCUCCGAAAUUCAUCACUACGAGACUGCUUGUUCAUCCCCGAACUGAAUAUAAUAUCACUAACAUCAAUAUCGUCCAACUCAACUCCUGGCACACCAAUUUCAAGUGGUAUUGUACCAAACUAUCGAUUAUCAACAUCAUUAUUCAAUGCCACAGUACAAUAUGCCAGUGUCGACGGGACGUUUAGAAAGGAUGGCACAUUAGGAAAUCAAUACGAAGUGCGGCCACCAACGCAAACUUUUAUUAGCAAAAACGGGGAAGGACAAGUAGAAACGAACGUCUCAGAAAACAGUGAAAUUAAAAGACAGAUCUCCAAAUCUGACCAAACUCCAAAAGAGGAAAACGCCAACGCCGAUGAAGAGAGUACGAGCGAAAUUAACGAAUGAUCUGCGAAAUAUCAGCACUGAUGCUGCACAAGGCCAACUGAAGAAAAUAAAUGAUGGUCGUCGGAAGAGAAUGCGCAGUAUGUUGAAGCGCAAACGAGUGAAUAAGGGAAAUCGGGCAUUAAUAUUGGAGUUAUCACGGAAAAAUGCGCAAACAUGCGAGAACAAAUUUCGUAUCAUAGCAUGAUUCCACAGGUCUGGUAUCACAAUGUAAGCGAGAGAAUCACACUAUAUCUUGCACUGAAAUUUACAACAAAAUGAAAUAAAUAUAUGGUAUUGUA